AAUCCGCUGGUAAUCAAUAAAUGUGAUAUGUGGUACUCCUGGUUGCAAAUCCUGGUAACUUUUGAUGAAUGCCAGACACCUCCCUCUGUCCAAUCCUCUGACUUCCACAGGGUGGGUGUGGUAGCGAGGUAGCGAUGUGUGCUAACAAACCUCGGAUCCGGAAUGCAAACUUGGAAACAAGAACCAAAUAUUACUAUGGAGCAAUGUUAACUUGGGCAAAUUGAAUUUAUGAAUUCCUGCAGUGGGUAAACGACUUAUCAACAACCAUGUUAUCUGCCACAGACAGAAGUAACAUUUUCAACCUGAACACUCAACAGCUAACAGAAAUCCCAGAAGAAAUUUUCAAAAUCAAUCAUUUAAAAUGUUUACAAUUAAACAACAAUGCAAUAAAAGCCCUGUCUGCUGAUGUGGGGCAUCUUCAUGAGCUUGAAAUGUUGUCACUUGAAGGGAAUUCACUGGUAUCCUUACCAGCGGAAAUUGGUUUUCUUUCUCAACUGCAAGCCUUAAAUAUAAGUCACAAUUGCAUAAAAAGUUUGCCUAAUGAGAUAUCAGGCUUUGAUAAUAUCAGACAAAUCUUUGCAAGCCACAAUAAACUUACACAGUUGCCUCAUUGCGUGGGAAACCUCACAAACCUGCAGAUUUUAGGAUUAAGUGGGAACUCUCUUAAAACUCUCCCAGAUUCUGUGUGCAACCUUCAGAACCUGCAUGUGUUAAACCUUGAUGACAAUCAUAUUUCUACAUUGCCAAAAUCCAUAUUCCGUCUGCAACACCUGGUCAAGCUAUGCCUAUCUGGAAAUCAGAUUAAAAGUUUGCCAAAAGAAAUCGGGCACCUCAGAAACCUACGAGAGCUGACACUAAGCAACAAUCACCUCACCUUUUUACCAGUACAACUAUUUAACUUGGCCAAUCUAGAAGAGCUCAUACUAGAUGAGAACAGUUUGACCGUCCUAUCAGAAAAGAUUGAAAAACUGCAGCAGCUUAGAGUCCUUUCUAUCUUAAAUAAUAAACUCAGAGCUAUAACAGAAAAUGUGUGCUGCUGUCCGUUCAUAGAAUGCCUGACCGUAAGUGGCAAUCAGAUAAGCAAACUUCCUGCCAAGAUUCGGAAAUUGAAUAAGCUGAGGGAACUGCACAUUGAUCGAAAUGAAAUAGUGGAUUUACCAGAACAGUUGGCUCAUUUAACAAAUCUAUCUGUGGUUACUUGUUCUGAGAAUGGUUUGCUGUAUCUCCCAAUUGAAAUGAAAAGCUGCUGGCAAGUUACAAAGUUAGACUUACAAGGAAACAAACUGAAACAAAUCCCAGCAGCAUUGACCUCAAUGACUGCUCUACUGUAUUUAAACUUGAACAAAAAUAACAUAGUUGAGAUACCUGAAAAUAUAACUUGCAUGGAGAAACUAAAACAUUUGGAAUUAAGUGAAAAUAACCUAAGAGUAUUUUCUGUAUAUAUCUGCAAGCUCCAAUACCUCAAUUACUUAGAUCUCAGCAAAAAUAAAAUAGAUAGAAUUCCACCUGAGAUUAGCAACAUGGCUUCUCUUUGUGAGCUUCUACUGCAACUCAAUACAUUUACAGGAUUUCCAGUUGAAAUUUGCAGGUUAAAAAACCUUCAGAAAAUUAACCUUUCAGACAAUGAGAUCCUAAAUGUGCCCAAGGAAAUUUGCCAACUACAAGGCCUUAAAGAUUUGAAUCUUUCGAACAAUAACUUUAAUUCAUUUCCAAUCUCUAUUUGUGAUGUCAUUUCACUAGAAGUUUUGAAGAUCACACAAGAAAAUGGAUUGAAGUUAACUGCUCUCCCUGAAGAGUUGUGUAAUCUGGAGAAUCUCGUGCACCUUGAUGUAUCAGAGAAUGCUCUGAAAACAAUUCCAAACAGUAUUGGAGAAAUGAAGAAUCUGACACAAAUAAUAGCAUCAAACAACCAGCUUUGUUUUCUUCCGGCUUCCAUAACCUCCUUGGAACGUCUUCAACAAGUCAAUUUAAAGGGAAACCAACUGACAUCUUUGCCCAGUGAUUUCUACCGUCUGAGGAAACUAGAAAAAAUACAUUUUGAUGAUAACCAAAUGUCCAGACCACCUCCUCUUGUAUGUGAAGGAAAUCAAGUGUAUCCCAUUGGAUGUUACCUACAGAAGGAUGACCUAUGGGAAGAGAGAAUUAUGAUGAAGAUAUUCAAGACCGUCUCCUGCAACAUUCUCAUGGAAGAUUUCCUUUUUUUCUGCAAAAAACUUAAACUGCGAGAUGAUGUUGUAAAAUUUAUUGCAAAGAAAAAAACACUUCAGCUCCCAGAAAAAAUUUUGCAAGCCCUUGAUCUCUGGAGAACAGAAAAGCAAACUAAUCUUACCCCAGAGGCUGUUUAUGAAAAGUUGAUCCGAGUUCUGGUUAUGUCUGAUUUACAUGAUAUUGCACAGAAGGCUAAACUUGUUAAAAUGAAUGCAAUGACAAUCAAAUACUGAUCGUUAGUGGCAUUGUCGUCAUCAUUUAUAUGUAUUGUGCCAUCUUAUUUUGUGGUAUAAGACAGCGGGUGGAAUUAAUGAAAACAAGAAAUAGUAUACAAAAUGAGAGACAUCUGAGAGCCAUACUCCUAACAGAGCUUACAGUUGAAGUGGUAAAAAGUGGAAACAAAAGUGACAUAACUGUUUGAACGAGUUGAUUGUAAGGCAGAAUUAAUUAAAAUGUCAAAUGU